UCUCCCAAAUUCAAAAUAUUCACUUCUCCUUCGUCUCUUCUCUCUUUCACGCAUCUCUCCUUCAAUUCUUGAUCUAUUACAUAAAAUAAUUACACCUUUAAUCGCCUUAUUUCCUAUUCGAUCUGAUAUUAAUCUCCGUCGGGAAAAUGGGUGAUUCUGAGAAGCAAAGCGACUUCGAUAUCAAAGGGCUGAGCCUCAUCGACGUUUCGUCCGAAGACGAUUGCCUCAUCAAUUCGCCUCUCUGCGAUCCCAUAAACCCUCAAUCCUCAGGGAAGAGGAGUGGAACCAAAAGUGUUAGAUUCGCCAUGGAUCCCGACAGUGCAGAAAUCUCGUUAGGCUCCCUUGAAGAAAAUGGAAAGUUAGAGGAACCACCGGAUUCUUUGGAACAAGACAAGACGAGUAAGAAUGGAAAAUAUAAUUUACGCAAAAGUUUAGCAUGGGAUAGUGCUUUCUUCACAAGUGCAGGUGUUCUCGAUCCAGAGGAGUUGUCUAGCAUGAUUGGAGGCAAUGAGAAAGGUGAAAUACACACAUUACCUGGGAUUCGAGAGGAUGUAAACAAAUCUUGUGAUUCGUUAACAACAUUGGAUAGUGAAACUUUGACAUUGGAAAGUCUUGAGGCUGAUUUAUUUGAAGAUAUAAGAGCAUCAAUCCAGAAAUCUAACAAAGCAUCCAACAUUGCAAAUUCAAGUGGCAAAAAGGAAUCGAAAACAGCAGAUACGCCAACUGUGUCACAUUCAAAGAAGGUAGAAUUGGCUACUCAAGAUAAGAUGAAGCAGAAAGCUGCUCCAAAAAAGCCAAACAUUGGUGUGAAAGACUCUGGGAAAACAAUGAAGCAGGUUUCUGUCCGUCCACAAAUUUCUCAGUCUUUUGCUAGAAGUGGAGAACCAACUUCAUCUCUUCAUAAGCCACCAAAGGUACUAAGCAGGGUUGUUCCCCUCUCAACAACACCAAUCAAAAGGGUUUCCUUGGGUUCUAAGAACGUCAAAAUGGAAAAGGAUGCAAAAAGUGUGACUGGUAGAGGGAAUACAGUUUCAAAGACUCCUGCUUUGGGUGGUUUAAGAAAUAUUGUGCCUAGGCCUACAUUAUCUUCCAAGUCUUCUUCGUGCUCUCCAGUCUCAAUUAAAACAGAGCUGACAACUUCUUGUUCCUCACUUGAGAGCUGUGCCAGUGCUUCAUCUGGCAGAAUUACUAAAUCUUCCUUGAAUUCGAUUAAACGAAAGAACGACUCCGGAAGAGUUAGUCCAUCUUCCUCUGGUUGCACUAUCAGCACCCCAUCGAAAAUUGCAUCAAAAGGUAAAAAUCAAGCAGGAAGUUCAAGGCUCUCAACUUUUUCGAAGUCUUCUACCAAGCUAUCUUCCAGUAUAUCUCCUGCUAGCUCUAUCAGUGAAUGGUCCUCAGACUCAUCAUCAUCAACCUCUACUGUUAAUCAAAGGUCUAAUAUUGUAAGACCUAGCCUUGGCAUUGGCUCUCGCAAAGGACUUGGUACAAAUAGGGACGCCCACCAAGUUUUGGAUUCUCAAGACCAUCCUACUGGUCAGUGCUCAAUGGGACAUGGUGCUGAGGUUACUGGCUCACUUGAUGAAAGUGUAAACAAAGUUUCAGCUGGAACUAGUGGGCUUCUUCAUCCAGCUUCCAUGAAACCCUCCGGCCUUCGAAUGCCAUCACCAAAACUUGGCUUUUUUGAUGGGGUAAGAUCAUCAGGACGCACUCCAAAUGGGAGUAUGCUGUCUCAUCCUGGUGUACCUAAUGGCUUGCCUAAAAUUGGAGCAAAAAGCACUAGUCCUAGUGGGAGCUUAAACAAGGCAAAGAUUGGAAAGCUUCAACCUGUUAGAACUCUGACUGCAAUCCAGAGCCCCAAGGUUGAUGUUAAGCAAACUUCCUCUGCUGUGAAAUCUAGAUCUUCCUUGACUAUUCAAAAAUCUCCAAAUGCUGCAGCAAAGGUAUCAAGUGCUUUAAGAAACCCCAAAAGCAGCCCCGGCAUAUCUCCAAAAUUUCAGAAUAAAUCAUCUUUGAAAACUGGUAGAGAAAGUUACUCAAAGGCUCAGGGCAUUGGUACGGCAGAAAAAAUUGUGAGCCCGGGUUUUCCAAAGCAAGUUGUAGGCCUGGGAGGCAAGGAUGGUGCUCGCAUAAAGGACACCAAGAUUGUUCCUCUUGAUGGAGUACCUGAAACCACUGAUAAUUUAACUUCCAAAUCUGAUGAUCAGAACACAAUCCCAUUGAAAGUAGCUGCCGAAAAUGAAACAUACAGCCAUUUAUAUCUGAAGACUGAUACACUUAUCCUUUACAACACCAAAAAAAAGGAAGAAGCUCAUAUUGAAGAUCAAAUUGCUGGCACCGCGGAAGGGUAUUUAUCUUCAGACACUCAGAAAGAACCCAAUGCUGAUUCUCAUCUUGCUCAUGGUGACAAGAAGGUUGAGAACUGUUGGUCAAAGCCCAUUCGCACUUCUCCUUCCCCUAUGACUUCUGAAAUUAUGGCCGGCUCAAGGAGACCUUUCUCAGUCAAGGAUUCUUUUUACAAUAUGGAUACACAUACACCACUGGCAGUUACACCAGGAUCAGCAGUGGGGGUGGACAAGAUAACCACAUUACAGUCUCCAGAGAGCAUUUUACCGGAGUACAGCUAAGACAAGUGCAACACUCUAGUAGCAGAUUUUUUAAGGUACCUUGAUAUGGUAUCAUCUCUCAAUUAUUCUUAUUGGGAGUUUUUAGAUACAACAUCGCCUUGUAGAUUCUGUACUACUCUGUUAGCUCAGUGGAAUUUUUACUUAUAUCGAGUAAUGAGAAAUCCAGAUUCGAUUUUCACCAUGUUCGAAUCUGAUGUUCUGGUUU